GAGAACGGGUGGAAAUGGCACGAAUCUUUGGAGUCUUUCUUAUUGGUUUAUUGCUUGCUACUGUUCCUAUAAUUGAAGCAGAGAGAUUUGACUCCAGUGUAAAAGAUAACAGUCAGUGGGGUGGCGACACCUAUAUUAACAGCUGGGCCGUGAAGAUUCCCGGUGGACCAGUGACGGCAGAAAUUGCAGCUCUUCGAAAUGGGUUUAGUGAUAUCGGCUUGGUUGCGGGUUUUCAAGAUGUGUACCAUUUUCAGCUGAGCGGACAAUGCGUUAGUCCUGACACUCCUUUUAUGUCAAGCCUUUCAAUGGAUCAGUUUGUAAGGCUAUAGAACGUCUUCUACAGCAACAAAAGCCUGCCACAAUGCCACAUGUUCAGGUUGAAUUUGCUGAACAGCAAGUCCGCAGUCCUCGAGUUACAAAUUAUUACGCGGCUCCUCAAGAUCCUGAUUUCAAAAAGCAGUGGAACUUGGUAUAAAUAACUGUUCUGUUUUUGUGGUAACUAGCUAGUAGUGAGUGCUAUAACUUUAUCGCUCUUCUUGUAGCGGAACACAGAUGGAAAAAAUGAUUUGAGAGUUGAGCAGGCUUGGUUACAGGGGCUGACCGGAUGCGGCAUCACUGUUGCUGUUGUAGAUCAAGGUUUGCAAUCACAGAUAAUAUUUCUCAACUCGACUAAUCAGUCUGUUACUGUCUGACUCAAUUUAGGGAUUGACUUUCGACACCCUGACCUUUGGCCAAAUUUUGUAUGUUGUGGAAAACGUUUAGGUAGCUAACAACUGCAUUCCAACCUUUGACACCUAUAAUAAUAUUGUGUAGGCUCCUUCAGCAUCCAUGGUUAUCUCAGAUAACGGAUGCACUUCAACCAUCGAACAUGGCACAAGGUGUGCCGGAAUAGUUGGAGCAGCACAAGAUAAUAAAACAUGUGGUGUUGGAGUUGCCUACCAGUGCAACAUUGGAAGUGUAGCACUGUUAGAAGAUGGUAAGUCUACAACUGACAUGGGAGUGGCAGUGGCACUGUUGCAUGCAGUGGACAUUGUUGAUGUGUACAGCAACAGCUGGGGCCCAUCAAUAGUGGAUAUACCGUCAACGCUACUGGUAAUAUGACAAAACAAGCUCUUGAAAUUGGAGUGAAUAACGGACGGAAUGGGAAGGGAUCCGUAUAUGUAUGGGCUAAUGGAAAUGGAGGAGAUGAAGAUGAUUGUGCUGCAGAUGGCUAUGCUUCCAGUAUAUACACCAUCUCUGUUGGGGCUAUUAGAGAGAAUGGCAGCUAUAGCAAUCUUGAUGAGCGAUGCUCUGCCAAGAUGGUUGUAGCUUUUGUGGAAGGAAAUGUUAAUACCGUAACCACAGAUCUAGAUGGAAAGUGCACACAAAAUUUUGCAGGGACGAGUGCAGCAGCUGCCUUGGUGUCAGGAGCUAUUGCUCUGGCCCUGGAGGCCAACCAAAGUCUGACAUGGAGAGAUGUCCAGUAUCUGAUAGCUUACACAGCAAACACUAAUCUGGCUGCUGCUUCGAGGCCUCUGACCAGGAAUGGAGCUGGUCUGGCAGUGAGUCGUCAGUAUGGUUUUGGAGUGAUGGACACUGAGGCCAUGGUCACCAGAGCCAGACACUGGAUAAAUGUACCUCCUCAGUUACAGCACCAAAUUACCACAGUUUCUCAGAAGCAAACUGAAGGAGAGGUAUUUACAGCAACACUGACCUACACAGGAUCAAUCCAGUACUUGGAGCAUGUGGUGACUCAAAUAUCUGUAGCUAUACCAGAGAACUCUUACCAAAUCACAAGAGGAAGUUUACAGAUUGAACUGACAUCACCAUCUGGGACACUAUCGAUUCUCUUACAACCACGAGAAAAGGAUAGUCAACCUGGUGAAUAUGUUGACUGGCCAUUCAUGUCAGUCAUGUUCUGGGGAGAAAAUCCAACUGGACAGUGGACUCUGAAUAUCACAACACGUGAUAUAACUGGUGUAGCUGUUGUUAGUGAUGUAGAGUUUCAUUUCUACGGAGUAUCUCAAGUGCCAGAGUCAGUGACAAACAUUCCUGACCAGUGUCAUUCUGAUUGCAAAAGAGGGUGUGCUGGAGAGGGCUCCAACCUCUGUGACUCAUGUGUCAACCUCCGUAAUGCACAUACACUGGAGUGUAUCAACCAGUGUCUGCCAGGUUACACUGAACGUAGUGGAUAUUGCUAUGAUGCAAGUCUACCUACAAAACAGUGCAAUUCUCCUCUGAAGAAUAAAGAUGACUUUGCUCCAGGCCCUCUUUGCUCAAAUGUGAGUGAGUGUGACACUGACAAUGGAGGCUGUAUGCAAGUCUGUGUAACAACCACUUCCUUGUCCUACUGUAUCUGCGGUGUUUCACAAAGUACAUGCUCACCUGGAACCGAAAAUACGGAGAUGCCACUGACAAUUGAUUCCUCUGUGGUUCAUCUGAAGUGUAGCAUAACUAUGUUAUACAUGUGUGCCAUGUACGUGUUAUGUAAUCUUAGCGUAUGAUGUAAUUCUCUGUUCUUUUUUACUUACUGGAACUAAAGAUACUACAAAUUGCUACAUCUAUGAGUUGUGAUUGGUUUCUUGUUUUUAUGUAUUCUGCACUAUAUCUUUUUCAUCCUUAUCUGUUGAAAGGC